AGGCCUGCAGGCGGUGAGGCCGCGGGGAGGGGGGCGGGGAGGGAGGAGCGUCGCUGACGUACAGGUAACUGCGCCCGUGGCCGGCGUGCGGUGCCCCCGGCCCGCGCCCCCUUCUGUUGCUUCACCGCGCGCACGUGGGAAAUCCAGGCGCGGCGAGCUCGUCUCCCCCGCCCGCGCUCCUGCUAGUCUCCGCGUGAGCCUCUCGCGCCCUGCCCAGGCCGGGCCAGCUCGGGACGCCUCGUGGUCCCGGGGGCUGUAGGGGCCGUGAGAACCCGGCGGGCCGAGGCCGUCUGCCCGGCCGCCCCUGCUCGCUGCAGACGCAGACCGCGAGCUCGAGGACGCUGGUGUCCAGUUUCCCUUGACCUUGAGGACCCGGGAAGGCCGUGUGCACCAUGGCUAUGACUAGUGUCAGAUUGUCCAGCAGUGUUUUAAGAAAGCCGGAUGCCUGGAUUGGACUCUGCAGAGUGCUACAAGGGACACCUUCACAUAAACGUUGUGCUUCUUGGAAUCGAUACUUAUAUUUGUCUAGUACCAAGCUAAAUAUAUCAAAUUAUAAAACACUUUUCCACAACAUUUUCUCACUGAGACUCCCAGGGCUUUUAAUAUCUCCAGAAUAUAUUUUCCCAUUUUCCAUAAGACUCAAAAGCAAUAUAAGCUCUAAAAAAUCCACUAAAAAGACUCUGCAGAAAGUAGAAGAUGAAGGGGACUCUGAUGAAGAGAGUGACCGUGAAGAGGUGAGUGAGCCGGAAGAGGAGCCCGAGGACGACCCCAGUGUGGUCAAAGACUAUAAGGACCUGGACAAAGCAGUGCAGUCUUUCCGGUAUGAUGUUGUUCUGAAGACGGGCCUAGAUAUCGGAAGAAACAAAGUGGAAGAUGCAUUCUACAAAGGUGAACUCAGGCUGAACGGGGAAAAAUUAUGGAAGAAAAGCAGAACGGUGAAAGUGGGAGACACAUUGGAUCUUCUAAUUGGAGAGGAUAAAGAAGCAGAAACAGAGACGGUGAUGCGGAUUCUCUUCAAAAAAGUGUUUGAAGAGAAGACCAGCAGUGAGAAAUACAGAGUGGUGUUACGACGUUGGAAAAAGUUAAAACUGCCUAAAAAGAGUACAGCCAAAUAAAUGGAUUGCGUUUUAGCGAAAGAGCUGCUUUUUAGUGAUGGGGAAGAGGCCAGGUUAAAAAGAGAACAUUUUUAUUGAAAUAAAGUGCUCCUGCCAUCUGUGGAGUCUGCUGAGGCAUUCUGUGACAGUCAGCAUCCACGUUGGGGCUCUCGAAGACGCUUCCCUUGGCCUGGAUUUCCCUCCCGGGCUUGAUGUGCUCGCAUUUUGACCUCAUGAGCACAAGUGAGACGUGUGCUGGAUGAACGAAGCUCAGAGAUGAUUUUCAUGACCAGCCUGCUGUUUCCCACGUUAACUAGCUGAGAGGCAGCGUAAAAUAAACUGGCCUUGU